AUGGACAGCCAACCGACUCCAUCUGGGUCUCAUGAAAAGAAGAAACCUGUGGUAAUUAUCACCAUAGGGAUGGCAGGUGCUGGGAAAUCGACCUUCGUGCAGCGGAUCAACUCCUACUUGCACUCUCGCGAACCUCCUGCGCCACCAUAUAUCCUCAAUCUGGAUCCUGCGGUGACAAACGUUCCAUUUGAAGCAAAUAUUGAUAUACGAGACACGGUCAACUACCACGAAGUGAUGAAGCAGUACAACCUAGGACCCAAUGGUGGCAUAUUGACGGCUCUCAACCUGUUCACUACAAAAUUCGACCAGGUCUUAAGUCUGGUCGAGAAGCGCGCCGAGACUGUCGACUAUGUGAUAUUGGACACACCAGGACAAAUCGAGAUAUUCACCUGGUCUGCCUCGGGGGCUAUCAUCACCGACGCAGUCGCCUCGUCAUUGCCAACUGUUGUGGCAUAUGUCAUUGAUACUCCCAGAACCGCCGCGCCGGCGACAUUCAUGUCAAAUAUGCUCUACGCGUGCAGUAUACUUUACAAGACAAAACUGCCGUUCAUUCUUGUCUUCAACAAAACCGAUGUUCAACCUCAUGAAUUUGCCCUCGAGUGGAUGCAUGACUUCGAAGCAUUCCAGGAGGCACUAGCAAACCACCGGGGAACAACUGACGACGAGGGCGAGCCCACCUAUAUGAAUAGCCUCAUGAACAGCAUGAGUUUAGUCCUAGAUGAAUUCUACAAGCAUCUCACGGCUGUCGGCGUCUCUAGCAUGACGGGUGCUGGAGUAAAAGAGUUCUUCGACGCUGUAGAGGCGUCCCGAACAGAAUAUGAAAAUGAAUACCUGCCUGAACUUCAACGCGCUCGCGCUGCCCGUGAGCAGACUUUGCAGGCUGCCAAAGAAGAUUCCAUGAGCAGGCUUAUGAAGGAUCUUACUGUUGAUCGCGAGCGCAACCCCAGUGGACCAUUACAUGACCGGUGGGAUCCUGAGGCCGAGGAAGAAGAAGAUGACGACGCGGACAUCAAUUUCAUUGAUCGCAGCGAAGAGCCAUGGCCGGGUCAGUACAUUGAUGUUACAAGAAUGCGACGACGAGAUGAUGAGGGUGUUACGUGGCCUCGGCCCGCUUGA